AUGUUUGCUAGAUCCUCUCGAUUAUUUCAACGUCGUUAUCUUAUGGUUGCUGGUGCUGUUGCCACCUCCACUGGUGUUAUCCUCUUACAGACUCGAAAGGCACACGCUGAAUCUAAUCAGCUCAAGUUUUGGAAGAGUUUACCUGGCGAGAACACUCCAGAGAACCCAGGAUUAGCUAAACUACGUGGCAUGGCUGCUGAACAAAGAUUCAGAACCUCUCUGGCUCAAAAUAAUGGCAAGACCGACUUUGACGUGGUCAUUGUUGGUGGUGGUAUCAUUGGUUUGGCUACUGCAAGAGAACUACUCAAACGCUUCCCAAAUAUGACUGUCGCCGUCUUGGAAAAGGAACGUGAAGUGGCUGCACAUCAAACUGGACACAAUAGCGGUGUAAUCCAUGCUGGUAUCUAUUAUAAACCUGGAUCACGUAUGGCAAAGACCUGUGUACGAGGUGCUGAUCUUAUGUACGAGUAUUGCAAGCAAAAUCAGUUGCCUGUCGAACGCUGCGGUAAACUAAUUGUUGCCGUGGACGAAAAAGAACAUAAACAGAUUGAACGAUUGAUGGAAACUGCUACCCUAAAUGGCGUCAAGGAUCUUCAGGUCCUCAACAGUGAGGAGAUCAAACAACUUGAACCGAACGUGGUUGCCUAUUCUGCCUUGUACUCCCCUAAUACGGGUAUCACUGACUUUGGUCUUGUGGCCCAAUGCAUUGCUAAUGAAAUCGUACAAACUGGUCGUGCAGAAAUUAAAUUAGCGUUUGAAGCCAAGAAAUUUGAAUCGAGAUCAGAUGGACGAGUUGAGAUUUGGGGAGGUGAGCCUAAUCAAAAGGGCCCUGUUUUAAAGGUGACUGCCAAGAACGUGAUUACCUGUGCAGGAUUCUAUUCGGAUCGUGUUGCCGCCCUUGCUGGCGGUGACCCCAAACGAGCCAAGGUUGUUACUUUCAGAGGUACAUACUAUCAACUCAAACCAGAGUACCGUGGUAUCUGUCGUAUGAAUGUCUAUCCUGUUCCUAGCGGUGGUGGUAUUCCUGUCGGUGUUCACUUCACACCUACUGUGAACGCACGCCGUGGUAUCCAGAUGAUUAUUGGUCCUGGUGCCUGCCUUACCUUUUCUCGUGAAGGCUACCAAUUCUCAAAUUUCAAGUGGGAAGAUGUCUUUGGAUCCUUAACCAACUUGAACCUUUGGAUGUUUGCCCUCAAGAAUCCUUCACUUUCUAUUGGAGAACUCUACAAAGACAUGAACAAGCGUGCCUUCCUUCGUGCAGCACAGGCCUAUGUUCCCGGUUUAACUGAAGAUAUGGUUGAAGAGAGUUUUGCUGGCGUCAUGUCACAGGUAUUUGAAGAAGGAGGUGUCGCAGCCAACGAUUAUAUUCUUGAACGUAAAGUCAUGGACGGAAAGAUUCUCUGUGUUCGUAAUGCUCCUACACCUGCUUGUACUGCUUCCUUGGCUAUUGCAGAAAUGUUGAUUGACGUUGCUACCGAAGACUUUGAAUGGCAAAAGGAACAAGAAAAGAAGCCUGAACCAUUAAAGGUCUCACAAGCCAAAAAUAGUAGUGCAGUGGCUGUUGCAGCUUAA